AUGAUUUUGGUAUUAGAUGUUGGAUUGGUUCCUCUGAAUGAUCCAACAGCAACUAUAUUGGAACAGCUGAAGAUCCCAUUUGCCUACCUUCCACCUAUCAACACUCUGGCAGAAGAGCUAACUGCUCCUCCACCUUCAAAUUGUCGCUUUCCACUCUCUAACAGUUGGUAUGCUCAAAUUAGCUUUCGUGUUCCUACUUCACUUGUGGAACAAUCAUUCGUACUUUCCACAGAUCAACAUUCUAAACAGUUAUUAGUAGCAAUUGUUGGAACAAUCAUCGAACCUCCUCCAACUGGACAUACAGAGGAAUCAUUCCAUCACUUGUGGGAUAGUCUCAUCACACAAAUUAUACGAUUAUUUUGUGAAGAAACCAUAAGCUAUGAGAGGAACUCAAAUCACUUUACAUUUACUGGAUUGCAACGACCUGACCUUACCCUUUCUAUUGGAGGGUAUAGUAUCUUUCGAGCAGAGGAAAAAGGACCAGAAACUCUUGGUGACCCUGCAGAUAAGCUCAUAUCAAAACUCUUCUAG